AUGUCUUCGAAGCAUCAGUCUCCUCUAUCAACACAAAUAACAACACAAUCAUUGGUUUUCUCACAUAUUCCAUCCGAUGAAGACGAAAAAAAAUUAUUACAAACUUUGAAAGAAAAAUAUAUUGGUGUUAAAAACGUCUCUCGACUUGAUUUUCAAGAUAACAAUGGAAACUUAAUAGAUGCAAUUAGAAUUGAUUUAAAAUCGGUUGAUUUUGCUCAACAAUUUCUCAAAUAUGAUUAUAUUCUCUUUGGUAAGCAACAAUAUUCGAUUCAAUCAUCAACACGUUCGUUAAUUGCUUUACAAGUUCCAAAGAAUCAAAAAUGUACAGAAUUAUUACAAGACUUGAGACAUAAUUAUUUAGGUAUCGAAAAUAUUUUUCGAUUUCAUGAUAAAGAUAACAAACCAGUUGAUAUUAUUCGAUUGGAUUUUAAAUCUGAUUCUUUAAUGACAAAAAUCCUCAAUGAUAAAUAUAUUCUUAUUGAUGGUCAACGGCGUCCUAUUCAACCUUAUUGGUCAUUAAUCAAUCAUUCAAAUCAAAAUGAACAAUCUCCUGCUUCUGAAACUAUCCAAAAUACUUCAAACAAACAACCUCGAAAUUCUUCGAUUAAACAAACUCAAAAUGUCUUGACUGAAGAACGGGUCAAGGAAUUAAUUGAUAUACAAGAAAUGGAACUUCAAACAAUGAUAAAUGCCUUUGAAAAGAAAUGGAAUGCACGUUUAUCAUCAUUAAAAACUUCUUCAAAAAAUACUGAUGUUGAUCAAUUAUUAUCAAUCUUUAAAGAUCUUACAACAGUUUGUCAACAAUUUAAUCAACAAAAUAAUCAAAUACAAAAACGACUUGGUACCAUGGCUAAUCGAGUAGAAAAUAUAAGAAGGCAAGCGGACCAUGAUGAAGCUUGGCCAAAUUUAUCGUCACAAAAUGGACAUUAA